AUGGCUAUCCGGGUGGACCAACGUCUAGCAGAGAGACGUCGGGAGAGAGGGGAGAACGCAGCUUCCACUCCACUGUUCGGACGGGAGUUACAGAGGGAACACUACGGUUGGCGGAGUAAUACCCGGACUUCGUCUCCAGAGCGACCAGCGGCCCCUAGCGCCGCGGAGGAACAGAUGCAGCUCGGAAGAGCCAAACUCACCCCGGAGGAGCGUCAGCGGGAGCGGCUGUGUUUCUACUGCGGCCAGCAUGUUCUGGCAGCCUGUCCGAGACUCCUGGCUAACCAUUUGUUUGUAAAAGCCGAAAAAUGCGAGUUUCAUGUGAACUCCGUGGCAUUUUUGGGCUUUGUGAUUUACCCUAACAAGGUGGAAAUGGACCCAGCUAAGGUCAGUGACGUGGCUAAGUGGCCCACGCCAGACUCUAGAAAGAAAGUUCAGCAAUUCCUGGGGUUUGCUAACUUUUACAGACGGUUCAUACGCAAUUUCAGUGCUAUUGCCUCUCCUCUCCAUGUCCUUACCUCUUCCCAUGUUCAGUUUGUGUGGAAUCCACAGGCAGAGAAAUCUUUCCUGGAACUGAAGAGGAGGUUCACCACAGCUCCCAUCCUGACUGUACCUGAUCGCCACCGACAGUUUGUGGUGGAAGUGGAUGCCUCCAACGACGGCGUUGGAGCUAUACUGUCCCAGAGGUCAGCGGGGGACAACAAGCUUCAUCCGUGUGCAUAUCUCUCCCGUAAGCUAUCUUCUGCUGAGAGGAAUUACGACGUGGGAAAUCGGGAACUGUUGGCUGUGAAGAUUGCUUUGGAGGAGUGGCGGCACUGGUUGGAGGGAGCGGAGCAGGAUUUCCUGGUCUGGACGGAUCAUAAAAACCUGCAAUACAUCAGGAAGGUCAAACGUCUGAACUCUAGGCAGGCCAGAUGGGCUUUGUUCUUUAAUAGAUUUAGGUUCACUCUGUCAUAUCGACCUGGUUCGCAGAAUGGAAUGCACUCUCCAGGAUGUUUGAAAGUCCAUCAAGGUCCACCCCACGUUUCAUGGUGCCCUAGCACUUUGGGUGACGUUGAGUCGGUAGACUGGGCUCCCACUGUUAGCCUCGGUUACCACACAACAAGUAAGCCCAGAUCAGAGGCAUCUCUUCGACGAGAGCAGUGGAUGGAGCUCAAGGAAGACCAACAAAGACAAUCAGAAUGUGUAGAGGCUUUGUUGGAUCUCCUGCAGACAACCGAGAGCCCAGAACCGACGCAGCCCCCAUCUGACAGCCCACAACCAGAGGACACCAGUGGGAUAUUAAAUGACCAACAAGAUGCAGGAUGCCAGACUGAUUUAACGAUGGAGGACAUCGAGAGGAUGGAGGAUGUUCUGAGACAGAACACAACAGAGCUGGGAGAUCUUCGGACAAAGGCACUGGACACAAAGUUCAACCAGGAGUCCUUUGAGAACAACGAAGAGAAAACAAAGUUUUACACCGGGCUCCCCAACUUCUUAGUUUUACUUCAGGUUUUUCAACUGUGCGAGCCCUACAUCACCUAUGUCUGUGCUCUCCAAAUUUGA